AUGUCCAGAAGCGAUAAUGGUAGACUGGCCGGUCUCAAACAGAGAUUGGAGGCAUUUUUUGAGAGACAGAUUCACGAGCGCGACGAGUUCGCUGGUGUAUCGGAACCCGUCUUGCGAAAAGGCGUCGAUGCCCUUUGCACCGAACUCCCUUCACUCGAACGUUUGCAAGUCGAGCGAGCCGCCGAAGUAGCAAAGAAUGGAAACUACUACUAUCGCCUGUCCAAAGGACUGAUCAACAACCUUUCCCCCGUCGUUGAGCUCACACAAGAUGAGAAAGACAAUCUCAUAUCUGAACGAGAACGUCUCUUUAGUCAAAGAGGGAUGCUCAGCAUCAUCUGCACUGUUUCACUUGCAGCCUUCCUCCAGGGUCAUGUCCAAUCGUCCAUCAACGCCAUGAGUCUCUUUGUCGAGACUGUUGGCAUUGACAUCGAAAACAAAGGUGAAAUGCAAGGAAAUGGCGCUGACAGCAUUGCACAAUGGCAACUUGGAGCCAUGAAUGCGAUCCCCUUUCUCAUGGCUGCGUUUCCCGGCGCACCUUUAUCACUGCCUGUUAAUUACUGUUUCGGUCGACGAGGAGCACUCGGCCUCUCAGCCCUUCUCAUUAUUGCUAGUUCAAUUGGAUCUGCUUUUGCCAAGACAUGGCAGCAGGUUCUUGGUGCUAGAAUUGUUGGAGGAAUAGCUAUGGGCAUCAAGGCAGUCAGCGCCCCUAUCCUCGCCUCCGAGACAGCUGUUGGAUACUGGAGAGGCUCUACGAUCCUGGCAUGGCAACUUUGGGUCGCUUGUGGUAUCAUGAUAGGUUUUGUUGCCAAUUUUAUUAUCUCUGCUGCCACCAACACUCUAGAUGGGAAGCCCAACGCCGAGCUCAAUCAACACGGUGGUAGAUACCACGCGCUCCAAUGGAUUGCUGCGGCUCCCGCUAUCCCAUCACUCUUCCUUUUCAUUGCUGUCUGCUAUUGUUACGAAAGUCCUCGAUUCUACAUGCGACCUGAUACGCCCAAUUAUAACCUCGGCCGUGCCUUCGACAUUCUGCUCCAAGUCCGAAAGACAAGACUCCAAGCUACCCGUGAUCUGUUCCUAAUAUGGUGGUCUAAUGAGGAGGGAAGAUCUAUCCGUGCCGAAACACACAAGAACCACAACGAAGAGACUAUUCACCAAGACCACCGUAACGCGGAAAAUGCAGAUGGUUUUCGUAACAGCAGAAUAGCGAGCUCUGGACUGACAUAUUCAUCGCUCAUCUUGGUUGUAACGAAACUAUCGGCGGAUCAAUAUAAGCCUCUAUUCACCAGGCGAAGGCUUAGAAACGCCCUAUGGAGUAGCUGUACUGUCGCUCUCGCACAGCAACUCUGUGGAAUCAACGUUUUCGCAUUCUACUCAAAUGGAAUCUUUAGCGAUUACGGUGUCAGAACAAUGUUUUCUGCAGCUUAUUCUCCAAGUCUCGGUCCCAUACCGUUUACUCUGGCAUCCGAGAGUUUCCCUCUAAAGCAUCGAGAGGCUGGCGCAUCCGUUGCAAUCUCCAUCAAUCUCUUUUUCGCAGGCCUCCUGACCAUUCUCCUCCCUCGUAUCAAUGCCCAGUUCAAGAUGGCCGGUACACUGGGGUUCUUUGCUGGUCUCAACGUUGUUGCUUUUGUUCUCAUCUUUUUCUUUGUCGAGGAGACGAAACAACUUACCCUCGAAGAACUCGAUCAAGUAUUUGACAAUCCCAAAGGCCAAUUCGUAAACUAUCAAAUGACCCGUCGUCUCCCGUUUCUUUCCAAAAAGUAUCUGCUGUGGAAAGAUGCCGAGAGACCUCAGGCGUAUGAUGAAUGGGCGCUUGAGAAUAGACAAGGGUCUGAUUGGGGCGGGCGAGGUUGA